AUGGCCGCAACCAAGAUCAUUGCACCGCCAUCAUCUCAGCGCCACCCGCGCUCUACCGUGACAGCGAUACGCAAGGCCGGCAAGUCGGCAGCAAAGACCAGAUCGCCACAGGCAAUAAGGUCACCACACUUCGUCAAAGAUCAAUCCAUAAACUCAGCAGCAACGUCCACCAAACGCUUGACGCCAUAUCAACGCCUCGUGUAUGCACACCUCCUCUGCAUUCCACCCGGCCGCAUAACAAGCUACCUGGUCCUCUCACGAGCCGUCGCAGCAGCAGCCUACGCCACCUCCAAAACCGAACAAGCUCCAAGACCGAGUGCACGAGCUGUGGGCGGAGCACUUCGAAACAACCCUUUCGCGCCAACAGUGCCUUGCCAUCGUGUCAUAGCACAUUCGGGAUAUGUUGGUGGAUUCAAGGGGGAGUGGUUCGAUGCACCGAGCGGUGUGAAUCAGGUCGAGAAGUUGGGCUUGUUGAAGGACGAGGGCGUCGACUUUGACCAUACAGGGAAGUUGUUGAAGGAUGGGAGCGGUGAGUGGGUGUUUGACGGCCCCUGGGCGUUCGAGGAGCACGUAGGCAAGGUCGACGAGCUGUGCGCUGGUGUUUGA